UGUAGCCGGUUAUUGUUUUGUUAUUGCUAUCUGCCAUUUGCACCGAACUUGGGAUUAUUAUUACUGUGCCGUGCAAAGUGCAUGUUAAUGCAAUAUCGGAUCUGUGCAAGGUUCUUGCCCUUUCGCUGGCUGCUUGCGCGCGACCUGUUGAUCGUUUCCAGCAUCGCCGCCGUCACAAUUCGACCGACGAUUGCCACGACCAGUUCAUGCACCGCCUUCAGUCGGGAAAGGUGCUUCUCUUCCAGUGUCCCGCCGUCCAGUUCCAGUUGCAUUUCCAAGAUGAGCGACAAAGCGGGUGAAUCACCAGCAGAAGGGGAAUCCUACCAAGCGGGCAGCAGUUCGGUGGCCUUUGUGACCACACCGGAUCGGGAAACGGCUAGGAAACUGGCGCGCAGCAUCAUCGAGCGGAAGCUGGCGGCCUGCGUCAACAUCGUGCCCCAGAUCGAGUCCAUCUACCUGUGGGAGGGCAAGGUCAACGAGGACAGCGAGUGCCUGCUGAUGGUCAAGACGCGCACCAGUCGCAUCGAUGAGCUGAGCAAGUUCGUCCGCGAGAAUCAUCCGUACAGCGUCGCGGAAGUCAUUUCGCUGCCCAUCCAGAAUGGCAAUCCACCGUAUCUCGAUUGGAUCGCACAGACGGUGCCGGAACAGGCGGCUUACAACCAGGACUAGGACUAUACAGAAUGUAUAAUGUAUUUAAUGCAAAUAAAUGUUCACUGAAUUCAGUAA